AUGGGCUCUGAAUUCGGCGCCACCGCCGAGUCCAAGGCGCAAAUCGACCUGGGCCCGGUCACCAUCUGGUGGGUUGUCUGGGCAUGUAUCUGGACGACCGUCCUGGUGGCCGGUAUGGUCUAUCUCAUCAUCAACCGCAAUAUGCCAACAUUGCGCAUCCGAGGUCUCGGUCUAUCACUCACUUCGAUCGUCAUCCUACACUUAUAUUGGAUCCCAACCCAAUUCGGCACCAUGCUCGGCGCAGUCUUGCCCGGGGACUGUGGCUACUGGCUCAUGGGCACCUUGCUGCCUUGCGGCAUUGCCCUCUUCCACGGCUCCAACGCUCGCUUCCUCCACGUCGCCAACCAACAAAAGAAGUUCGUCGAGGGAGACAACCUCGAAGGCCCCCUCGUUGCGCCCCCGUCCGGCGUGAUCGGCCGGUUCAAGCGUCUCAAGUAUACCCACAAGAUUCUGAUCUACGUCGGCACCGCCAUGUUCGCACAGGUCUUCCUCACCAUCCUGAUGUGGCUCAUCUCUCGCAAGUACCACAGCUCCUGGGGUAUUCCCGGCACCGAGGUGACCGGCACCCCGAUGGAAGUCCUGGCAGAGCAGGGUGCCGGAUGGGAAUGGUGGCCCAGCGUGGUCUCCCAGUUUUUCUGGGCCUGGAUCGUCGCACCCAUCGUCCUCUGGAAGUCUCGCAAGAUUCACGACACUCACGGCUGGCGCAUUCAAACCAUCGGUUGUGCCGUCGCCGGUCUCCACGCCACUCCGAUGUGGCUGAUCGGUCUCUACGUCCCCGCCAUGGCCCCCGUCAACAAGGUCUGGGUGCCGCCCCAGUGGAUCUGUCUCUCCAUCAUGAUCAUUGAGAUCUUCACCGUCCUCCUGCCCUGCUGGGAGGUCAUGCGCCACCAGACCCUCCGCCAGGAGACCCUGGACUCGAUCGCCCGCUGGGAAGUCAAGGUCAAGUCCACCAACUCCGAGGAGAAGUCCAUCCAAUCCGAAUCCACCAUGGUGGCCUCCAUGAUCUCCGGCUGGAAGUCCAACAACUCCACCACCUCCCUGCACUCCCGCGACAGCAUCCUGACCAUGGGCGCCCUCGAGCACGUGCUCGAGCGCAACCCGGGCCCUCUCCAAGAAUUCUCCGCUCUGCGCGAGUUCUCCGGCGAGAACAUCGUCUUCCUCACCAACGUCGCCGAGUGGCGCAACAAGCUCCCCGACGCCAUGAAAGACCGUCUCGCCAUGGGCGAGAAGAACAACCGCGACAUCAUCCGCAGCGCCUUCAACCGCGCCCUGCACAUCUACGCCGAGUUCAUCAGUGUCCGCCACGCCGAGUUCCCCGUCAACAUCUCCCACCAGGAACUGAAGAAGCUGGAAGACAUCUUCGAGAAGCCCACUCGUCUCAUCUACGGCGAGGAGCGCGAGUGCGACCCCACCAGUCCCUUUGACAAGUUCGCCUUCGAUCUGCCUUCCCCUGCAUCCGCAGACUCCGAGAAGACGAUGCAGUCUGCAAUGGCUGCGCCGAUCCGGGAUCGCGUGCAGUACUGGGGUGACAUCCCGGCUGGCUUCGAGGCCUCAAUCUUCGAUGCUGCCGAGGCGAGUAUCAAGUACCUUGUGCUCACGAAUACCUGGCCCAAGUUCAUCAAGGACCGGAGAUGCUCGAUCGAAUCGUUCGAGACCCUCAAGGGUAUGGAUGUCUAA